AUGGACCAGGAACCAAUAGUUAACUUGGACUGCCAUUGUAAUAACUACAAAUGGGGUAAGAAGGGCCGAAAGAGUGAAGUAGCCAAUCUGUAUGCAGCUGGCCAUUCCAACUUUUCGAUUGAUGAGAAUCAAACAUAUUCUGAACUAUGGAUGGGAACUCAUCCACAUGGUCCAGCUAUGGUCCGAAAAUCGAGUACAUUGCUUUCAAAAAUGAUUAAGGAAGAAUCUUUCACACGUACUGAAAGUAAUAACAACUUGAGCAAAGAUGUCCGUACACAACAUCAUCUGCCAUACAUCAUGAAAGUCAUGUCAAUUGAUCAAACUUUGAGUUUGCAAGUUCAUCCAACUAAGGAGCAGGCCGCUAUUCUUCAUCAACGUGAUCCUAAGAACUAUCCAGACCGUAACCAUAAACCCGAAUUAGCUUAUGCGUUUACUCGUUUCGAGUUGCUCUGUGGAUUCCGUCCAGUUGACGAAUUGCUAAAGAAUCUCGAAGCUUUUGCUUCGCUUCGAGAACUUUUUGGUAACUACUAUUGUCAGAACUUAAUAUGUCUUUUGAGACAAUCGCCUGAUCCAGACGAUUUUGAAACGAAGAGAGCUUUAAAGAAAUGUUUCAGUCAUAUGAUGGAAGUUCCAGCUGAACGUGUUACGGAACUCAUUGACGAGCUUUUGAAGCAACUUGAUAAUGGAAUUUGUGGAUCUUUAAGUGAAGAUACUAUAGGAGUAAUUCGUAAAAUUAAUAGAGAAUGUGAAGAAGAGAAUAGAAUACGCGAUGUUGGAGUCUUCUCACCUCUAUUUCUUAAUCAUAUGAUAUUGGAGCCAGGAGAGUGCUGCUAUUAUGCAGCUGAAGAACUUCAUGCUUACAUCAGUGGAGAAUGUGUUGAGUGUGUUGGGUGUUCCAAUAAUACGAUCAGGGCUGCUAUGACACCCAAGUACAUAGAUAGACCUGCUCUUAUUGAGGUUCUCAAUUACCGAAUGACCAGUCAAGAACAUUAUUUGGUACCAGCAGUCACUUUGCCGAAUUAUCCAGCUGUUGAUGAGUAUUCCCCAGACUGCAAAGAUUUUCAACUUCACAGAGUUCGAGUUGAACAAGGGCAGACGAACGUUCAAAUUCCAGCCCUCGAAUGUGGCUCAAUCAUGGUGAUUCUUGGUGGUUCUGGAGUUAUUGAAGAAGUUCCUUCUGCCAGUAACGAACUUCAUGAAUCUAAUAAUGACGAAAAGAUAAAUAGACAUGUUAAACGUGGAGAUAUUUUCUAUAUUAGACCAGGAACAAGGUUAAGAUUUGCCUCAUGCACAGCAGAUCUUGAAGGAUUCCGAACCUUCAGUUAUGAGGAUGGCCCAGACCAUGAGAGUCGAUUGAAUGACGGCUUAUGCAACCGUUCCACUAUUUCCGAUUCUAUUAAACAACAUAAUAUGUCUUCACAAAUAGCAGAAAUUUCUAUAAAAGGAAAGGACAGGCUCGACGGCGGCGUAGUUUUUUCCGUGGACACUGAGAUGGACGGAUGUCUCUAA